AAAUCAAGUCUCUCCACAGUCUUCAAGAGCACAAACAAAAUCAGCCUCUCCACAAUAUUUGAAGAAAUCAAAGAGAAAAAGGAUUUUGGUGGGCUGCUUUCAAAAUUCUGAGCUGAUCCAUCGCCAUUUUCAUAAUCAGGGAGAAGAGAUCGAUGGACGGAAGAAUGUAUGAACCUCAACAGCAGCAUUUGCUAGAUUUACAAGACAACAGUGGUUUCGGGUCGGACCCAAAGUCAUGGCUCUCCGGCGACGACCUCAGCCGCACACUCUCCUCACUCUCAGCAGCCGCCGCCACCGCCUCUGCUACCGGAAAUGUUGACCGCGUCCUGUUCAAUGACCUUGUCGAGAUGGUCCCCCUUGUUCAAUCCCUCAUUGUAACCACGCUCAUUUCAGAUAGGAAGGCGAAUUCUUCAUUUACGAGACGGGGUUCUAUGAUCUAUACCAAGACGCCUUCUAGAGAAUCCCUUUACAAGAAGGCAGCUGGACGGAGUGCCACUCUUCCAACAAAAAAGCAUAGGGACCAGGGAGACAAGGACCAAAACAGGAAUGCAGCCAAUAACCAAGAUGGUUGUGCUGAGAACUUCUCAGUUUUCUCCUCAGGGACAUUGCUCUCUGAAAAGGAUAGAGAAGAAUUGGUGGCACUGCGGAACCAAGUAGAGGAUCUAAAAAGGCAAUUAUCCGAAAAAGAUGAACUUCUAAAAUCAGCAGAACUUUCAAAAAAUGAGAUGGCUUCCCUUUUUGGGAAAUUUGAUGAACUUAAAAACGAGGCGGCAGAAAAGGACUCACUGAUUAAGUCCACGCAACUGCAGCUCUCUGAUGCAAAGAUCAAGCUCGCUGACAAACAAGCAGCUGUGGAAAAACUACAAUGGGAGGCGAUGACUUCCAAUAAAAAGGUGGAGAGGCUCCAGGAAGAUCUAGACAGGGUGCAAGGAGACAUAUCAGCAUUCAUGUUAUUAAUUGAAGGCUUGACAAGGAAGGACUUACCCAUUUCUGCUGGAGAUUAUGAUGAUGUGCCUUAUCCUCUUGAUGAGAAUGAUGACUUCGACUAUGAAAUGGAUAUGCAGAAGCUGGAAGCAGCAAGAGAAGCUUAUAUAGCUGCUGUGUUGGCUGCAAAGGAAAAACAAGAUGAUCAAUCGAUUGCUGCUGCUGCGGGUGCAAGAUUUCAUCUGCAGUCCCUUGUGCUAAAACAGAACUAAGCACACUUUCCCAGCUAUGUUACUGGAAUAUUUGUCGAUAGCUUAUGAAUGUGGUCUGCAUACAUGAUUGGGACGGCCUUGUGUUGAUGAGGAGGAGUUGAGUGUGUUCAUAUUCACUUAAAUUGAGUGCUUAAUGAUAUACGUGUUCACUGUAUUGCAGUACGUUAAGAUGGGGUCAUAAUUUAACAACAUGGAGGUUGAUUGCACUUACAUGUUAUGGAUUUGUUCCAAUUGCCGUUCACCAUUUCACCUGAA